GCAGUGAAGUUUGGCCUUGCAGGAAGCGCCGAGGCGACCGCCGCUGUGCAGGAUAAAGGAAGAGCGGCAGACUUGUGUAGCGGUCCUCAUACGUGACGUUCCUCGGUGAAUACACUGUCGUCGGGAUCCUGGGAUUUCUUUUUUGUUGUUGUUGUUGUUUUUGGUCCGUGUUCUCCUUUCCCCUUGACUCUGUGACGGACUGAGAGGUUUUCUCGGCAAAUUCGACACCGGCCCGGAGGAGGACUCGUACCCGGUGGCCGCCCGGAGGACGUUGGCCGUUUUGAAUCAGUUAACUUCAUCACAGCGACGGGUUGCUCACCGGCUGCUGACGUGCUGCUCCCUGCUUGUGCCCUAGCCUCCAGUCACAUGAUAGGUUUGCCUCCGGGGGAUGCCAGAACAGCCACAGCGACCAUCAGUGAGCCUGUAGGCUCCACACUGGUGCAGAAACGAGAUGAAGAGGUUUAGGCGACACGGUCAGGAGUCCCAGAGAGAUCGACUCAAACAGGAACUCUUCCAGUUCAAUAAGACAGUAGAGCAUGGUUUCCCCCACCAGCCCAGCGCUUUAGGGUACAGUCCCUCCCUGCAGCUGCUGGCCAUUGGUAACCGUUCUGGGGCCAUCAAACUGUAUGGAGCUCCAGGUGUGGAGUUCAUGGGUCUACAUGAUGAGAAUGCUGCCGUCACACAGGUUCACUUCCUCCCCCACCAGGUUGAACUGGUGACUUUGCUGGAUGACAACAGUCUGCACAUGUGGACUUUAAGAGCCCAUAAGGGACUGUCAGAGCUCCUGGAGAUAGGACGCUUCAUGCUCACGGGACCACCUGGUGCUCCCCCAAGUGUGACCAGAGUGACAGCAGUGCUGGCCCACUCGUCAGGGGAGCUUCUGCUUUUGGGUACAGAGGGAGGACAUGUCUUCAUAGUUGAAGUCCCUGGGUUCAGAGAGCUGGAAGAGAGGAACAUCAGUCUUGACCAAGUUGCCAGCAGUGUACCAGACGACUACAUUGGCCGGAGGAAUCUGGAACAUGUAGAAGCCUUAGAAGAGAACCCAGUCAACCCAAACAAGGUUGUUAUAGGCUAUGGACGAGGUCUCAUGGUCAUAUGGGAUCUUGAGAAACAGUGUGCCUGCCAGCACAUUCCUGCCACGCAGCAACUGGAGAGUGUUUGGUGGACAGAGGAUGGGAGCUACAUCCUCAGUUCGCACAGUGAUGGAAGUUACUGUCGAUGGAUGGUGGGUGGAGACGAUGUGAAUGAGGAGGAGGAGAAAUCAGACAUACCUUAUGGACAUUUCCCUUGUAAGGCCAUUUCUAAAAUAAUUCAGCUGCCUACGGAAGAAGGACCUCCACUCCUGCUGUUCAGUGGUGGCAUGCCAAGGGCCAGUUAUGGGGACAGACACUGUGUCACAGUGAUCCAUAAUAAGAAACACGUGGCUCUGGACUUCACAUCCAGGAUCAUUGACUUCUUUGUCAUCAGAGAUGGACCACAACACACAGGAGAUCCCUGUGCGCUGGUGGUCCUGGUAGAGGAGGAGUUAGUGGUGAUUGACCUGCAGACGGAGGGCUGGCCAGUCAUUCAGACACCAUACUUGGUUCCCCUCCACAGCUCAGCAAUCACCUGCUCCCACCACAUCUCUGUCAUCCCCCUCAAACUGUGGGAAAGGAUCAUUGCUGCUGGAGACCUGCAGAACACACACUACUCCAAAAAGCCGUGGCCAAUAACGGGAGGCCAGAACCUAGCCCCAGACCCUCCACAGCGAGACCUGCUGCUCACAGGGCAUGAGGAUGGAACAGUGUGUUUCUGGGAUGCAUCAGGUGUCUGUCUAUAUCCCAUGUACAAGUUAAGCACAGCUGGAGUGUUCCACACAGACACUGACCCCAAUGACAACUUGAACCAAGGCACGGAAGGAGAGUGGCCGCCAUUCAGAAAGGUUGGCUGUUUUGACCCCUACAGCGAUGACCCUAGACUCGGCAUUCAGAAGAUCCAUCUUUGUAAAUACAGUGGUUAUCUGACUGUUGCUGGCACUGCUGGACAGAUCCUGGUUCUGGAACUGAACGACGAGGCAGCAGAGCAGAGUGUGGAGGCUAAAGUUGUAGACUUGCUGCAAGGCCAAGAGGGCUUCCGCUGGAAGGGUCACGCUCGGCUGGAUGUGCGAGAAGAACCAGUAUUGUUCCCUCCAGGCUUCCAGCCCUUUGCUUUGGUCCAGUGCCAGCCUCCUGCUGUGGUCACCGCUCUGACACUGCACACAGAGUGGAAGCUAGUAGCUUUUGGCACCAGCCACGGUUUUGGCCUAUACGAUUACCAACAGAAAAACAACGUCCUCAUCAAGUGCACCUUAAACCCUAGUGACCAGCUUGCGAUGGAGGGUCCUCUUUCAAGGGUGAAGAGCAUAAAGAAAUCCCUCCGACAGUCCUUCAGGAGAAUCAGACGUAGCAGAGUCUCACUAAGGAAACAUCAUGUCAACAACGCUGCGAAACUUCAGGAUGCCAAUGCUCGCCUGGAGGCUGAGCUGGCAGAAAUGGAGCUGGCUCCUGUCCAGAGGAAGAUUGAGGCUCGCUCCUCAGACGACUCUUUCACUGGUCUCGUACGAACGCUCUACUUUGCUGACACGUUCCUCUCAGACAGUUCACAUAACACACCCUCUCUAUGGGCAGGAACAAAUGGCGGCUGUGUGUUUGGAUACAUGCUCCGCCUUCCUCCUGUAGAGCACAGAGCAGAUGAACCUGUCACAGCACAGCCAGCAAAGGAGAUCCAGUUGAUGCACCGGGCUCCUGUUGUUGGUAUAGUGGUUUUGGAUGGGCUUGGCGCUCCUCUCCCUGAGGCCCUCGAGGUGGCUCACGAUCUGGCUCGCUCACCUGACAUGCAGGGAUCACAUCACCUCCUGGUCAUAUCUGAGGAACAGUUUAAGGUAUUCACCCUGCCUAAGGUGAGCGCUAAGAUGAAGCUGAAGCUGACGGCCAUGGAUGGCUCCAGAGUAAGGAGGGUAGGCGUUGCCUGGUUCGGCAGCAGUCGGUCAGAGGACUAUGGGGAAAGUGACCUUGUGGUUCUGACCAAUCAAGGCGAUGUACAUGUGGUGUCACUGCCUGCAGUCAAGUUGCAGGUUCACUACCCCUGUAUCCGUCGAGAGGACGUCAGCGGCAUCGCUUCGUGUGUCUUUACCAAGCAUGGCCAGGGCUUCUACCUGAUCUCUCCAUCUGAGUUUGAACGGUUCUCGCUGUCCGCCCGGUACCUGGUGGAGCCACGCUGUCUUGUAGAGGUUCCUCUUCAUUCAGGCAAAACCACGCACAGGCCACUGCCUGAUAGAGUUUCAUCUGCUCACGGAAAUGCCAAACAAGACAGUGAGGAUGCAGAAAAUGCAGCUAGACGUGUUAUGGAGCAUGCUUUGCUGAAUGACGAGAAAGUACUUCAGGAGAUACAGAAGUCACUGGAAGUAGACCAGAUGUUGUUCCUGGAGAAUCAUAUGAAGAGUGCUGAAGCUUGAGGGAUGCUGCUAAGCAGUGGAGAGAGAACUCACUUACUGAUGCUCAUGAAGCGUACUGCAGUCCUGUAGCUACAACCACUACUGUCUCCUGAUCCCUCUCCUCGGUGAUUAACUUCCCACUGUCUCUAAUUUCACCUCGGCCCCUCGUAGAGACACACCAAAGAGCUCUCAGGAGUAGAGUGCGGGGAGCACCCCAAAGCUGUUUUGAAGACUAACGGUGUAGUCAGAGACAAAGGAAGAGACACCACCUGUGCCUAAAGACAACACAUUGCACACAUUACAGCAUGGUCACAACAAUUUAACCCAAAGCUAAAUGAUGAUGUGAACAGUGCCAUCAAUCAUCAAUGCCUCAUCCGCCUAGCAUCACACAUCUGCUAUAUAUGCCACUUUUUGAAGCUGUUGAUUUAAAAACAAUCAUACCUACAUCAUUCUCACUUUCAUGUGGACCUGGCCUUUGGUAAUGGUUUGUCCGCUCUGCUGUGUAUUUCACUGACCUUCAUGUCCCCACAUGGAUGUACAACUCGAAGGAAUGGGCGGGAUGAUUUAAAUAAUGAAGAUGAAAAUAUUUUGAAGCUAAAUUCUAUGUGAUUUGUGCCUUUUUAUUCUAAAUUUGGCAUAAUUUGAAAUAAGUCAUGAGUUAAAGUCAUUCAGUCUUAGUUAUGAGAUAAGAUCAAAAACAAGCUGUCAGCAAUAUACUGACAAAUUAAAAGAAGAUUCUGAUGUACUAAGCGAGAUUUAAAAUUUUUCAGUCUUUGAGUCCAACUUGUGACUUGAAUACCAAGUGAUGAUUAUGAGACGCCAAGUUAAAAUUGACUUUUUUUGACAAAUUAAUUAUUUCCCUGCCAAAUUUUCAAGCUUGUGAGUUAGGUUUAAAAUUUGUUCAUGUAAAAAUAAUAUUACUUGAGUAUCUUAGUUUUGAUUUCUUUACCAAAUCAUCGUUUUCACUCUAAAGUUAGAUUUUUACUCGUCAUAUGGUUAACUUUUAUAAUUUGGUGUUGUAUUGUGAUUUUUAAGCUUAAUUUCUCAUACUUGACGUAUUAUUAUAGUUUUGAGUUUUAAAUGUCACGACGCUUACCUUGUAUCACUUAAUUGUGAAUUCCCCUUUUUAAAGGGGGCAGUAAGCUAUUUUAAUCAAAUACACUUUAUUUAAAUUUAACAAAUAUUCCUCAACGUCCGCUAGCUGUCGGUUCUGUGUGCGCGCAGAAAAAAAAAUCUGAUUCUUCGGCUCAGCCCUUGCCCUGUAACUUGAAAACAAAACAAAAAAUGGUGCUGACCAGCAACAUCGAUACCUGGCCCUUUAAGUGAUAUUUUGAGUCAUUUUUGACAUGGUACCUCAUAAUGUUGACAAUGAAAAAGUUUCUAUCUCAAUCUUGGCUUGUCUAGUAAAAACUUUGAUAAUUGAGCAUUUUUAUUUUAGAUAUUCCUUACAUUUCAUAUUUUCCCCCCUUUUUUGACAAAAACUGGCUUCUAUUCUUAUCAGAUAAACUCAAGGGGAAAGUAUUUUAUAAUGCCCUAGAAGAAGAAAAAACAACAACAUACGGUUGUUCUAUGUAUGUUCAACCAUACUGUUACUUGCUUUGUAUUUUUCAUUCAUAAUGUACCUAAUUAGUGGUAGCAUUAUUGGAUUGUACCACUGAAAAUUGUGAACAGAGUCCUCCCGCCUCCCAUCCACUUUUAUUCUAUUCUAUAAAAUAACAGGCCAUAGAGCUCAAAUUGCUGUACUUUUCUUGGGGGAACAGUUUUCUACUGGGUUUUUAGUUAUAUUUAUGUAAAACAUUUUUUUGCAAGCAAUGAUUAAUGUAAUUUCAGAAUGUAAUUGUAAGCUAUUGUAGUAAAAUGUUUUUAAUAUAUACAGUAUAUAUGUGCCAACUGUAUCUGUGAGCCUGAUGUAACUGAGGUUGGCUGUUUUUUUGAUCACACAAGGAAAUAUUUUGGUACAGUGUCUCAGAAUGUUGGGUAUUUUAGCACCACCCAUGAAUAUAUUUUUGUAGUGAACUGAUUAUGAGUCUGAUGUUUUGAUCCGUAACUUCACACUACAGUUUAAUGAUGAUAAUUAUAACGUGUUUUUUUGCAACGAA